ACUCCAAAGCCACCGCCUCUUCUUCUCUCUCUCUCUCUCUCUCUCUCUCCGGUGCGCCUUCAUCCCCACUUGCCAACCCCAAGCGGCCAAGCCUCUACAACCCUACUCAGAUCAGGACCUCAUCGCUGUAUGUUUUCGCUGACCGGAGUUCCAAUUCGCAACCAGAAAGAGACAAGAAUUGAUUAUUGACCCUUACCUUUAUAAAUCGAACGUAAGAAUUCAAGCUGAGAUUACUGGGAAAUAAUUAGAGAUGCUUCAGAUCCGACUAGCCAAGCCCUUGACAUUGGACAAUGUGACAGUUGCAUGUCCUGACCACCUAGUCCUCGCUGAUAUUCCUGUUGCCAAGACUGUUGGUUUGGUAACUGCUGCUUCGCUUGUCAAGACUGUGGGCCGCAGGUCUCAUCGCCAGCUUGGUGAGCGGGUUCAUUUUUGUGUCCGCUGUGACUUUCCUAUCGCUAUAUAUGGACGUCUGGGCCCUUGUGAACAUGCCUUCUGUCUGGAUUGUGCUAGGACUGAUUCCAUCUGCUAUCUCUGUGAUGAACGCAUUCAAAAGAUCCAGACAAUCAAAAUAAUGGAAGGGAUCUUUAUUUGUGCAGCCCCUCAUUGCCUCAAGUCUUUCCUAAACAAGAUUGAAUUUGAGUCUCAUAUUCAUGAGAAACAUGCAGACCUGCUUCAUCCUAAUACAGAGGAAGAUGGAAAUGAGGCAGAUGUUGUCAGUAGCAAAAGAUCUACGGCUUCAGAUUCCACUGUUCAAGCACCACCAAGGCCAGUCUUUUCUCCUAGUUCGAAUUCCCAUAUUCAUGAUCAUGAAGACAAAGCUCGUCGUCUACAACUGAGAGAGCAAGCACUUCCCAGAUCAGUCGUACAGCCAAAGCUCACACCACCGACUCAAAUUCAAAAUCAUCCAUCUGAGCCACAACCUGACAACAAAAGACCCCAAGGCUUUGACAGGUCAGGCCCCCUGAGUUUUGACUCACAGGGCGGCCUGCAGCAAGAAUCUGGUCGGUUUCAAGAACAGCAGCAAGGGAUUCUAUCUAGGAUUUCUUUUCCUGAAAAUCCUAUGCAUCCUCAUCAGCCUCCUAAUUUUGCUGUACCAUUUAUUCCAAACCCAGGCCUGGCUUCCCCUUCGUUCCAUCAUUACCCUCCUUUUGCGGCUGAUGGAGCUCAACUGUUUUAUGGUGCUCCCCACGAGAUGGCACAGCCAGAUUCAGAACCAGAAGUUCGAUCAGAACAAGGAUCGUUGUUAGGUUUUCCACCAGGUCCAGCAGCAGGGAUGAAUUUCUCGGAAAGUUACCCUCAACCCUGGAAUGUUGGGACUCCUUUUGAACCUUCUCCUAUGGGUCAAGGGAUUAUGGGGGGUUUCACGAGCGCUCCAGAUUCUCAGGGAAGAGUUGUGUCCUUUCAAGGGAAUUAUGGGCAGAAUCCAGGAGUUUUGCCAUUGAAUCUGCCUCCCCCUCCCUCCAGAGGGAAUGGAACUGGUUCAGGGUAGAAAUGCCAUGGAUCUUAGGGAUGGCGAGGGUGUCUUGGCACCACAACCUUGGACAUUCCCUCCACCACCUCCUUUACCUCCUCCCCAUGUUUCACAGCUCGAGUGAGUAAGUUUUAUACUGGUAGCAUGGGUCAUGAUGUAUAGGGCUUUGGAUGGCAGCAUGAGAAGCCACAUAGUUUUAGAAGAUGGCAGGAAUAUUGAGUUUACUGAUUUUUUCUUGGUGUACCAUGCACUUCAUCUGUUGAAACAACACAUGGUUCAUAUCUUUGGAUUCAUGGAGAGCCCAUGCUUUGUUUGUGCAGUUUGCAUA